AUGUCUAACUACAACGACAACGAAAACAGCUCCUACGGAGACAGCCGCGGAAACAACAACGAUAGCUACGGCUCAUCAGGACGUGACAACAGCGACUCCUACGGGUCCUCCAACACAAACACAAACACCGGUUCCGACUCAUACGGUUCUUCAGGUCGCAACAACGACUCUUCUGAUACCUAUGGCUCGUCUGGCAACACUGGCUCUGGUGGUUUCGGAUCUUCUGGUCGGGAGACUGGAAGCUCAGGUCUAGGCAACACUGAUAGCUCAGAUACUUAUGGCUCUGGAAACAAAUCAUCUUCAGGAUACGGAAACACAGACUCCUCAGACACCUACGGAUCUGGCAACAAAUCGUCUUCAGGAUACGGAAACACUGAUAGCUCAGAUACUUAUGGCUCUGGAAACAAAUCAUCUUCAGGAUACGGAAACACAGACUCCUCAGACACCUACGGAUCUGGCAACAAGUCAUCUUCAGGCUACGGAAACACAGACACAUCCGACUCCGUCGGCUCCGCCGGCUACGGCAACAAGACCUCCUCAGGCUUCGGCGACGACUCCAACACCUCGACCUCGCGCUACAACGUCGACUCCUCGACCUCCAACUCGGUCGGCACCGCCGGCUACGGCAACAAGACGUCGUCUGGGUAUGGCGACGACACGUCAAGCAGCAACUACGACAUCAAACACGGCGACAACGACAGUGUGGGUGCGACCGGCUACGGUAACCGCACGAGUGAUGGGUAUGGAGAUAAUGAGGGGAGUGGAGGGAAGAAGGAUAGUACGAUGGGGAAACUGAUGGAGAAGGCUGGGGGGAUGUUGAAGAAUGAGGGAUUGGUUGAGAAGGGGCAGCAGAAGAGGGCGGGGGCUGGGAAUGAUGAGUAUGGAAGUGGGAAUAAUAACAACAACAACAACGACUACUAG